AUGGAUUCAACCACGUGGUAGGCUAUCUUCAGCGAACUUCCAGGGGUCAUUUCGAAAUCGAAUAACAAUGGAAUUCGGAGCUGACGAGUCUGCGGUGGCCUAUUAGGCCGAUAUUAUGUCUGCGAUGAAUUGCACUGGCACGCUUACUGGCAGUCAAAUGAUUUCAUCAUUUUCUCGAUUUUUCUUCUUUCAGUUGUCAUUCAAGCAAAUUGAUCAUCAUUGGAACUCGUCAGCCAACUCUGCUUUGGCUACGUAGGCAGCCGCCAACUUGUGACUAGGAUUUCCAGUUGUGAACUCAAGAGAUAAAUAACACUCAAUUGAAAACAUUCUCACUUAAGGCCUUGUAUCUUUCAAAGUAUAACAGACUUGUGGCUGCGGCCGAGUCAUACGAUGUUGUUCUCUACCUGCAGCCAAGACGACGCCAUAGGCCCCGUCGUACUCGGAUGUCGAGAUGGCUUCGAUUUUACCGUCAAGUUCGAGCAGAUAUUCCUAUCCCUGGUACCAUCAGUAAUCUUUAUCGUGUUAUCGGUAUGGCGAAUCUGUUUGAUGGCAAGAAAACCAACUGUUAUCGAUGCGCCAUUACUCCAACUCACCAAACUGAGUGCCAUUACUACCUAUGUUGGUCUUCAGCUGUCGCUUCUCAUCCUAGUUGGAGUGCGCUCCUUCAACGUGACGAGCCUGGCAAUAGGUUGUGCUGUGUCGCAGCUACUUGCAGCCUUGUGCAUGGCCUGUUUAUCCCUCUUUGAUCACAGCAAGAAUCCUCGGCCAUCAGUACUUCUCAACGCUUAUCUUUUCAUAACCAUACUCCUCGACGUAACCGAGACUAGGACCUUCUGGCUUGCCUCGGGCACGAAGGCCGAGCAGACUUACACCUGCAUCUUCACCGCCGGAAUAGCUGUGAAGGCGCUGAUACUGCUCCUAGAGGCCCAGAGGAAAGCGAAAUGGGUUAUGUGGGAUGCGAAAGAACACAGCCCAGAAGAGACGAGUGGGAUAUACUCCUUGGGAGUGUUUUUCUGGUUAAAUUCAUUGUUCCUUGAUGGGUACAGGAAGAUCCUGCAAAUCAGGGAUUUGUACCCCCUGGAUCAAUCCAUGGGCGGCGAGUCUCUCCACCGACGGUUCAGCAAGCACCUGGACUACGAAAAGUUGAAGAGAAGCAAGUAUGGGCUUUUGCAGGUACUGGCGCGCACCUUGGUUACGGCUCUUCUUCUACCCAUCCCAGCUCGACUUGCUCUGCUUGGAUUCAACUUCUGCCAGCCGUUCUUUAUCAGUCGCCUUUUGGACUACCUUUCCCAUCUUUCUGGGCCCGAUACCACUGCAUCUGCCAAUGUUGGUUACGGCCUUAUUGGCGCAAGCGUCGCUAUAUACACCGGUAUUGCCAUCUCAAACGCCCUGUACGGUUAUUUCCAUCAACGGAUGCUCUACAUGGCACGAGGGUGUCUCGUGACGGCAAUCUACACGAAAGCCGUCGAAGCCAGUAAUUUCUCGGGAGACGAGGGCGCCCCGCUUACUCUCAUGAGCAGCGACAUAGAGCGCAUCAUCAUAGGCUUCGACAGUCUUCACGAUAUUUGGGCGGCUUUCAUUGAGACUGGCAUCGCUGGCUGGUUGCUUUAUACCCAACUUGGAGCCGCCUUCGUGACACCACUCGUGGUUGUACUUGUCUGCGUUCUGUCUACUACCGUUCUUGUUCGAUACACCGGGCCUUCGCAGAAGGCAUGGAUGGAAGCGGUGCAGCGGCGUGUCAGCUUAACGGCCACCGUGAUAGGAAACGUGAAGAACCUUAAGAUAUCGGGGUUAACUACGCCUGUGACUGAAUUUGUACAGAACCUUCGUGUUGAUGAGCUGGCAUCAGGCUCCCGGUCCCGCAAACUGUCCAUUAUGGCAGCACUUAUCGCAUUUGUUCCGCUGCUGGUAACACCCUUCAUUACAUUCGGGGUUGCUGCUAGGAAGGGCCUGAACGCUACAAGACUUUUCACGUCGCUGUCGUUUCUACUCCUGAUGGCCAAUCCCCUUCAGACAAUAUUUCAGAGUAUCCCGAUGCUCAUAGCUGGCCUGGCCUGUCUCAGCCGUAUCCAGGCCUAUCUCGAAUCGGAGACGAGGAAGCAGAGGCGAGCAACCCUUGACAGCGCGCGAGAGGAUUCAGAGAAACAGUCCAAAGAUGUUCCAACGUCGACAACCGCGAUUGAAGUCCGCAAUGGUUCGUACGGAUGGGAAGCAAGCAAAAUUGUUCUCGACAACGUCAACCUCGAGGUGCCCAAUUCAGCUCUCACCAUCAUUGUCGGUCCCAUUGGGUCUGGUAAAUCUACCCUGCUGAAGGCGCUUCUUGGCGAAAUACCAUUCAACCAAGGAAGCAUAACUAUGGGCGCAAGGUAUGCACGGGUUGGGUACUGCGACCAAUCGGCAUUCCUCUACAAUGGGUCAGUGAGAGACAAUAUCGUUGGAUUUUCCCCUUUAGAUCCCACUAGGUACUCUGAAGUUAUCGAGGCUACAAUGCUUGCAUUCGACCUGGAAAAACUACCUCUUGGAGACCACACUAAUAUUGGUUCGAAUGGAAUAACCCUGUCAGGGGGCCAGAAACAAAGAGUUGCCCUGGCCAGAUCCCUUUACCUGCAAUCAGACCUACUUGUUUUUGAUGACGUCUUUAGCGGUCUCGAUGCAGAUACGGAAGAUCAAAUUUUUCGACAAGUAUUCGGGCCGGAUGGACUCAUUAGGCGCCGCCAUGCUACAGCAGUGCUAUGCACUCACUCCAUCAGGCAUUUACCAGCAGCUGACCACAUCGUUGCGCUUGGAAAUGGCACCGUGGUCGAACAGGGUACUUUCCAGGACCUCAUGGCUAACGAGCGUUAUGUCCACAGCUUAGGAGUCAAGUCAUCGGACAGCGACACGCCAUCAGAUGUGGCAGAGUCCAGCGUGUCAAUGCAAUCCCAACCCGACUUGCUGCGGCAAGCCACCACUGCGUCUUCCGUAUUGGUGGACAACGAUAAGUCGAGACAGAUUGGCGAUAGCACAGUCUACAAACUCUACUUCCAAAGCAUGGGCCUACUUCUGGCGGGCAGUCUCUUCUUCUGGGCAGCAGUUUUGGGCUUUUUUUACAACUUCCCAAAUAUCUGGCUCACGUACUGGAGUACCGAUGUUGUUUCCCAAAAUCCAAAGCACUCCAAUGCAUUAUAUGCCGGCAUUUAUGCGUUACUCCAGAUAAGCUGCCUGUUGUCUUUAAUGACGCUGGCCACACUGCUGCACCUCGUCGCUAUCAAAAGAAGCGGUGCGUCUCUUCAUUGGAAUGCGUUAAAUACGUUGAUCAACGCUUCAUUAGCUUUCUUCACCAAGACGGAUCAGGGUACAGUCUUGAAUCUGUUCUCUCAAGACCUGAAUCUGAUCGAUAACGAUCUCCCCAAUGCCCUUCUCAACGUUCUCUUUACCGUAUCUGUAUCAAUAGGUCAGGCUUGUGUAAUGAUUACGUCUUCCCCCUUCAUUGCCAUUAGCUACCCCUUUCUCAUCGCGCUUCUGUGGGUGGUGCAAAGAUUUUACCUACGAACUUCAAGACAGCUUCGACUACUCGAUCUUGAGGCAAAGAGUCCUCUUUACACCCAUUUUCUAGACACAUCGAAGGGCAUUGUUACCCUUCGCGCUUUCGGGUUCAUUUCCGAGGAUCGCAAGAAAAACAUCCACCUCCUGGACAACUCUCAGCGCCCUGCCUAUUUGCUAGUUAUGAUCCAGCGAUGGCUAACGCUUGUACUAAAUUUUGUGGUCAUGGGCAUGGCAGUUCUGCUCACUGUCCUGGCUAUCAAGACGCGGGGCUCCAAUGGCUUCACUGGCGGAGCAAUGGUAACCCUAAUGCAAUUCGGUGAAUCGCUUUCUGGGAUUGUCAUUUUUUACACUCGACUCGAGACCUCCAUCGCAGCAAUUGCUCGGCUGAAGUCAUUUGACGCCAACGUGAAACCGGAGAACAGAGACGACGAAGAUAUCAUACCGGCGGAAGACUGGCCACAGAGAGGCGAUAUUGAGCUGAAGGGCGUCUCGGCAAGCUAUGACACUGAGGACUCACAAAACGAUGAGCUACCCAACUUGGCUCUCCGCCAAAUCAACCUCACCAUCGCUCCCGGGGAGCGAAUCGCAAUUUGCGGACGCACCGGAAGCGGCAAGUCCAGCAUCCUUGCCCUCCUACUGAAAUUACUCGACCCCUUAAGCGAAACCCCGGCAAACGUCUACAUCAACAAGGUGCCCCUUCACCGCCUCGACCGUCCCACGCUCCGUCGACGCAUCAUCGCCGUGCCCCAAGAUGCCGUUUUUCUCCCCGACGGGUCUACCUUCCAAGAGAAUUUAGACCCCUUCGACCACGCAGGCGUACCAGAAUGCCAGUCCGUCCUGGAAACAGUCGACCUGUGGUCUUUCGUCCGGGAGCGCGGCGGGCUGCAAGCCGGUAUGAGCCCGGGAACGCUGAGUCAGGGGCAGCGGCAGCUGUUUUCCCUUGCACGGGCUGUUUUGAGGAGGCGGAUACGCGCUCGGAGUCUGGGACUGGGUGGUGGGGGCUCUGAGGGCGGGAUCCUACUUUUGGAUGAGGUUACUUCGAGUGUUGAUCAGGAGAUGGAAAGGGCUAUGCAGGAGAUUAUCAGAGUGGAGUUCAAGGAAUAUACAGUUGUGGCUGUGAGUCAUCGGUUGGAUAUGAUUAUGGACUUUGAUAGGGUGGUGGUGAUGGACCAGGGGGAGAUUGCCGAGGUUGGGAAUCCCAGGGCUCUUUCGGGGAGUGAGGGAACGAGGUUCGGGGAUUUGUGGAAGGCAGGUGGUAAUUAGAUUUGUCAAACUCGACAGAUGCACUCGGUGCGGAAGGUCGUGGAAAUUCUGCGGGACGAGGCCGACAAAAGACUUCACGAGCGCGAAACAAGUAAAUCCACGCAAAACUGCCUGGAUGACACCAGCUCAAAAGUAACAGGUCAAACUUUUGGCUUUUAGGGUACACAAAAGGACAUUGGUAUCAUAUGUUCGGGUAGCUUUCCCUGAGGUGUUAGACAGGGGUGGCAUUGAUGGCAUCAUAUCAAUUUACUCUCUAUGUAGGUACCAUUGGAGCUGAGAAUGCUCAGUGAUAAGUUGAGAAUCCAGACUAUGAA